UUAAGACACGAUAAUGCUUCCCUCGGGAAUCUAUAGGAAAACAUCAAUUAGAAUUGAUUGGGAGUGUCUUUCGAGGACCUCAUUAAAAGCAUCUUCGGAAGAAGACAUCAUAUAAAUGUUUAUUGUAAGCAGUGUCAGUACAUAUAUAUAUAUAUAUAUAUAUAUAUAUAUAUAUAUAUAUAAUGGGCGCUGGAAGUGAGACAGGCUCUUUUGUGUAGCAACUAGAUUGUCCUCAUGCGUUCCGACGGUUAGCAACACAGAAAGAAUGGAUCCGAACUACACGAACGAGACGAAAACCUUGCAUAAUUUCAUUUACGAGUUUAUGAUGAACAAUUACGACACUGAGACUGAUUCCCGGAAUGCUUCUCUUCUGGACUGGAUUGACGGGAUCGAAAGGGACUCGCUUCUCCACCACGCCAGGCAGUUCUACUCCUACUGCACGCCGCUCAUCUUGAUUCUCGGCCUUUCCGGUAACGUCCUCUCACUGUGCGUGUUUCUGUCGAAGAAUCUUCGGAGUCUCUCGGCCAGUACCUAUUUAGCUGCGUUGUCCGUUUCUGACCUCCUGGCCCUCGUGUUUUACGUCACUGUGGAAUGGCUCCGUCGUGGACUGGUGUACUUGGAUCCGGCAAUGAAGAGCAAGAUUUUGUUCUUUGACGGGGAUGUCGUCUGCCAGUUCCAGCUCUACGUGUCUUACGUAUCACGGCUUCUGUCGGCGUGGAUCGUAGUCGCUUUUACGUUUGAGAGAUAUAUCAGCGUUUGCUGGCCAUUACUAAGAAAGGACUUUUGCACCAAGAGACGGACCAAGCGCGUUAUUGUUGGAAUAGUGGCAACGUCGGCCGUAGUGGUUCUCUAUAAGCCGAUUCUAAGCGCCAUCUAUGUCAGUGGGGAGGGUAACCAUUACUGCACCACGGACAAAGACCACGGCUUUCUUUCUUUUAUUUUGGACAGCAUUUACGCUAUUUUGAUUACGUUGGUUCCCUUUUCAGCCAUUGCUGUCCUUAACAUCUUGAUUGUGCGGAAACUGAUAUCGCAAAAUAAAAAGCGACAAAACCAUUAUGUUAUAACCGAGGAGAGAGUGAUUCGUCUGGAGUUCACCAUUAUUUUGUUGGUCGUGUCAUUCUGUUUUAUCACGUUUAACGUACCAUUCUUUGUUGUGUGGCUAAGGAACUUUUUAAGUUCCAAUCAUAUUUACAGUACAAAGGAUUUGACCACAUACGAGGAACCGAAUGUCGAUUACUGGCAGGGCGUUUUGUAUAUAACGAGGACGAUAUUUUACAUGAACUACUGUAUUAAUUUCUUUUUGUAUAUUAUAGCAGGAGCCUAUUUCCGUCGGGAAGUCAGAAUGUUGUUUUCUCCCAGUUCCCUUCAAGGCCACAUUACCUCCCUCUCAAACACACAGACUCCCCAUUCAUAUGUGUAGGACAUAUAGACAAGAGUCCAGUGACUUCUGUCGGUAAUACGGGGGGGGG